AUGGCUUGGCUGUCAGCGGUUGUGGGUAAGACCCAAUUCCGUGAGGGCAAGGAAUCCUGCAAAUAUCAAGAGAAAUGUUACAUGGUUGUAUGCUGGCAACAGCAACGUGUUAAAAAAGUUAGGGUCGUAUACUCACUCCCCUUCGGGCGGAGGACAGCUGGAGGGAUGCUUAUGGAUCCGAUGGCUCAGGAGCUCAUAGUACGGAUGCGACUAAAAUUCGGGGACGCCGCAGCCACUCUAACCGGUCAGGAGAUAAUAAGCAGAGAGGUGAUGCAGUACGUGGCGGUGGCGCCAAGCAGACCCCCCCAAACAAAGGUCGGUGCGCUUGAUUCAGGGAAGAGUAAGAACGGGCUUGCAGCCGCCAAGAGGUCAGAGACGUCGGACGAGUGGUUGGCGUUACUAAAGUACGACAUGGCCAUCGGAAGUUAUAAGGAGCGGUUGGAAGCGGAGGCGGCGCGGGCACGACAGCUUACUCUGAAGCAGCAACUGGAGGCGCAGAUUGCUGAGAACGAGCGGUUAAAGCAGUUGGAGCGGGAACAGGAGGACGCGUACUUCCGACAAGAACAGGCUGCACUGCGGAAAGCGGAGGAUGAGGAGGCGGCACGACAGCGGUUACGGCGGGAAAUUAUGGUCAAAGUAAAAGAGGAGCGAAUAAACCAGAUGGGGGAGCGAAUGGCGCGACGAGAAGCAGAACUGGCACGGAAACGCGCAGAGGAGGCCCUGGAGGCGGCGCGUACGGCGUACGACACGGCUGAGGACCUUCGUCGGGAGGAGGCGCAUCGCGUCGCGGCCAAGCUGGUCCUCCGGGAUUUCCUGAUGGAAAACGAGGUGAACAAGGCGAUUAAGGAGGAGGCCAAGAAGCAGCAGUGGGUGGAGGAUGCGGCCUUCCAGAGGAAGUGGGAGGCCAUCCUAAACAAGCAAGAGGCGGACCGGAAGGAGCAGAUGGACCGCAUCAAGCGCCAUCAGGCCAUGCUCCAAGAUGCCGCUGAUCGGCAGGGGGAGGCACGCAGAAGGUGGUUGGACACACCGUUGGUGGAACGGUACUACAAGCAGCGGGAGGACGAGCGAGCGGCGGAGGAGGUGCCUGAGGCGUUUUAA